GAUAGGGAGAAAGAACUUUUAGAGGGUAGACCAUGGUUGGCUAAGGAAUGCUGGGAGAUGAAGUCGAGUAGCACUAUCCUAGAGCACAUGACAACACCGUACCUCCAGAUUCCGAUUUAAUUUUCCCUGCCCGUGUGUUCCUUUUGAGAAGUAUAUCCGAAUCCUGCCAUUUGGUGGACAAUGUUACGAAGAAGGACCGUUCUACCCAACAACUCCCGGUUACGUUGUUCAAGUAGGCAUCGCAAAGAUCCCAGCUCUAGUUCUGAAACCCGAUUGGCCGGCAAUCAUUGGAAUAAUCAUCGCCCUCGUCUUCCUCAUCCUCAUCUAUCUCGUGCUGAUUAUUCUUUGCCAAGCUUUCGGAUGGGCCAACAAAGGAAGUUCCACUCCUCGAUUCCGAAAAUUGCAGUUGAAAUAUAAUCUGGAUAAAUAUUCAUCCAGAGAAUCCAAAAUUGUGGUCAUCCGGAAAUAUCAAUCUGGCACGCAAGCAAGGGGGUGUUUGGAGAAAAAUCCCAGCCAUAUGGAAAGAAGAGAAGACCAGUGCAAACUGUGGGACUCUGAAGACUACCUAGAUCUUGACUCCUUCAACACCAAUGUGUUUUUCGAAAUUCUGCUUACCCAAUCUCUGGCUGUGACAACCAAACUAAGUCAAUUUAAAGAAGAGCUGAAAUCCAUAUACUUCAAACUCCUGGAGGAAUUGGCCUCCCUCCGAGAUCUUUGGGUAGCCAAAAUGUGCGUUCCUGAUGGAGGGAAACCUUGCAGUGAGGCUCUAAGGGAAGCUUACAUGAAAGUCAAAGAAGAGGCAGAGGAGGAAAUUAGGUGCAGAAAGCACCGGGCAGCAGAAUACGAAGAGAGUUUGAACAGAGAGAUCAACCUCUUGACUCAGCAUCUGAAGCAUGAGGAGGAACACUGGGUGGCCUUUAAUUCUGCUCUCCGGGACGUUGUGAGGCAGGUGGAGAUGUUGGAUGAGGUGCUCUCUGGAGAAGAGCUUGGUUCAAAUUCUAAACCGGAGCAUCGGAGGUUGUUAAGCCUCAUAGAAGCUGCGAUCGAGAAGCUCACCAGCAUGGUGGCCAAGGAGAACCAUCGGCUCACGCAGUGGGGUCUUCUUGGAGAAGGAACAGGAGCAGGCCUUCUGAACAAAGAGAAGACCAAAGUGCUCCCCAAGGACGAGCUUGUUGAACCAAGUGGAUCCUUAAAGACAGAAGAGGUUCUGCAUCAGGAUCUUGCCACGAGUCUGUUAAUGCCCAACAGAGAUGCCACCAUGAUUGUAGCCAAUCGAUCCAUGAAAUCUGCAUCUCCAGAUCACUUCCUGCAUCCUGGGACAGGGAAACUGCUCCCAAUAGCUGGGAAUGUUGGCUUUGAUCCUAUCAAAUCCAAGUUGAUCCCCAUGGUUGAUUUAGUAUCUGGAGAAAUUCAACAUCAUUUGGACCUCCCAAUCUUCUCCUUUGUUCCAUAUCCUAUUUGUCCUGAAACUGGCCUUCCAGGAAGAAUGAAUUUACCUGUUCUGCAACUUGAGAAAGUAUUUAAGUUUGGAGGCCUGAUGCAAGAUCCAAUUACUGGAAUGGAAGUGCCAAUCCUGGCCAUCACUGCUCAUCCCCAAACUGGCCAAUGGUUGACCUUGGGUGGGACAUACCUGAAUCCUCUCACAGGGAUGGUGACCCCCCUCGAAAUCGGAGGGCCCAUGAAAGCACAAGAAAGUGGAAAAACCGUUCCUAUCCUUGGUGUCAGUUUGGACAAUAAUACAGGACUCGUUCUUCCACUAGGAGGACUACAAGGUCCUUCUGGAGAUCUUCUGCUUCCUGGAGACCCCUUUGUGGAGCCCUUGAGUGGCAAGAUGGCUCGCAUGCAGGGCCUCUCCCUUCAGCAGGACAAAGUAGUGCCUCAUGCAGGGGGCUACCAGGUAAUGUUGGAAGCCAACGUUCUCAUCGCCCAGACUCUCGUGGUGAAAGCUCUGCAGAAAUAUAAAGUCUCCAUUGGCAAGGAUCUAAGCUCAACGGGCACUUUGCCAAAAAGUCUCGAGGGGCCAGAAGAAGCCAUGAAAACGGCACUGGCCCACCAUCUUGAUUAUUUGAUGUACCAGCUACAGAACCUGGAGAAGCAACGAGAUGGUGCUUCCAGGGUCAAGAGAACAGGUGGAAAGCUGGGAAUGAUCCAGUAUCUCAACACAGAAUUUUGGAUCUCUGCUGUGUUUGGGAUGAAAAUUCCAGACCCUGGAAGUUCGGAAUUGAUGGUUCCAGUCCUUGGUGUGGAAUGUGAUUGGAAAACGGGUCAGCCGAUACCAUUAGCUGGGGUGACAGAAGAUGCUGACGGGAAAGGCCUGGUUCCCAUCACAAUAGGCUUCAGAGCCAUCGAUCCCAUCACAGGGGAGAUGGGACCGGUGAUUGGAGCUCAGAUCAACCCUUGGACUAAGGCUGUCCUUCCUGUAGUCCAAUCCCAAGGAUGCUUGCCGAGAGAAAACGUAGACCCUGAUUUGUUGGCCGCCCUGGUCAAGGAGCUGAUGGCCAGACGGGCAUAUUGGCAUUCCCAACGCGAGAAAGAACAGGAGAUAUUUAAGGAGGUGGAUCACCUGUCUCGGGAUAUCCUCGAUGCUGCCAAGGAAGGGAAAAUUGGAAAGUUCUGGUUUAGAGAGAAAUUAAAAGCUGCUGACAAAAUUUGCCACCUCCUGGAAUCGUCAUCAGUCCAAGAAGGUCAAAGGCAGGUCGGCCGAGACCUGACAGUUUUGGGGAACCCUGAACGAUCUUUAUGGUUGAGAGUCGACAAGGACGAAAAAGAGCAGGAGGCCAAAGUCCAGCUUUUGCUCAGGAAAACUUUGGAAAAAUUGGCGCACUUCCUUCGGAAAACACAGCUGGACGAUCAUCGGAUCGAGAUGCAGCUGAAGGAAGCCGAGCGACAUUGGAACAGGAACUCCCGCACCCGGGAAGCCAUCAGAGAGAAAUUCAGAAAGCAGGAGAUGGUCCAUAAGGAAAGUUCAAAGAAGACCAUAUUUUGCAGAAUCAUAACUGUUAAGUCCGGACACGAAAAGAGAGGCAGGACAAUCAUAGUAAAGUAA